AUGAACGCACUUGGUGUUGGCUCUUGUCUUGUGGCAGGAUUAUGCCACGACGUCGGCCACCCUGGCCGAAAUAACAACUUUUUCGUGGCCGAAAUGUCGCCACUGAGCAUAUUGUACAAUGAUGCCUCGGUACUCGAGAAUUUCCACUCAUCACUAACUUUUCGUGUUCUUGCUGACCCCAGCUGCAACCUGUUCACCCUCUUGUCGGACGCAGAGGUUCGAGAGGUGCGUUCUAAGAUUAUUGACUUAAUAUUAGCAACGGACAUGAGGACACACUUUGAAUUUUUGAAUCGCUUUCGCACGAUCCGGGAAUCUGACCAGUUUAAUUUCAGAAGGAACGACGACGAUCGAUGGCUUGCAGUGGAGUUGUGCAUCCGAGCAUCAGACAUUGGGCACGGCGCCUUGGGGUGGAAACAGCAUUUUGAGUGGACAGCUAGAGCAACGACAGAGUUUUAUCUUCAAGGAGAUGAGGAGGCUCGCCUCGGGCGGACGAUAUCGCCUCUUUGCGACCGAGAAACGCAUUCACAACUGGCGAAAAGCCAGGUUGGCUUCCUGCGUCACGUCGUACGGCCUCUUUUCGCAGAGCUGCAUGCCAUUGAUGACCAGAAGAAGCCGAUCGCUGAGAUGCUUAAGAACCUAGAUACAAACUGUGAACGGUGGGAAGAACUGGGGAAGGCUGAAGAACUUAUCGUUUUUCCAUACAUCGUGCGCGAACUGGAUGCUGGAAUGAAGGGUCUUCCUCAUUAUUUGGACAUUUCUAUACUUACAAGAGAAGACGGCCUGAAGAACCCUCGUCCAUCAUCUAAAAGCUGCAAGUGCAAGUGCUACCGACUGAAAAAGAACAGUUCAAGCCAGCAGGAUGACGGAAGUUCUCUUGGCGACAAGGCGCUGUCUCACGAACGUAGCGUUGUGAGCUUAUCUGAUCAAGCAGGAAGCGCUGAAGGCUCUGCUGAGAAGGAAUCUCCGGGGACAAGUAAUAGUGGGAAGGAGCAAACCAGCGAGGCUCCCGCCAAAGAAGCAGCCCCUUCAGCGGACCCAUCGCAGAGCGCGUUGCAUCUAAAAGACUCAGCACCCGAGGCUAAGUCAGUUGAUGAAGCUGCAGAUCCAAAGAAUAGCACUGAAGGCGAAGUUGAAAACGUUAGUAGUCUCGGUAAAGCCGUUCCAGGUGCUUCUGUGGAGGCUUCCGGAGUGCCGUAUGGCGGCAGCCAUGACGAAACACAGAAGCAAAGUCCAACUGACAACUCUGCCCACGACCAAAAUAAAGUGGUCGAUCGUGCUGCAAGCCUCGCGGAGGCAACGACGAAGCCUUCAGAUAAGACAAGCCAGCUUCGGGCCGACGCAGGGGAGCCAGAUGUGGGCUUUGCGUUGCCGCCUGCUGCCGAAGACCCGUGCGCAGCAAAUGCAACUCCCCACAAGCGUGCUUGGAGCAUUGAAUCCAAUGACGACAGCCCGGUGCCAGGGAUAGACCAGACAUUCUUCUGGGGCUGA